GUUCUCCUUUCGACCGGACAUGACCUGGUCUUGAUCAGCUAGGCUGGCGGGGGCUCCUGGCCGGGUUCAAGUCGGCAGGUGCCAUGUAGAGCGAGCCUGCCCGCUUCAGCCAUGCGAGCGGUGUUUCCCCCCAGAGACCAAGCUUUAUGACGUGGACGGGGCUCCAUGUGUGGAGAGGUUGGAGCCAUGCAGGAAAGUGUUCGCUUUGCUUCAUCUGGAGAUGAUGAUGUUAAAAUCUGGGACUCUUCAUCCAUAACUGUGGUGGAGCAGUUCAGUCCACAUACUCCCUUGCACCCCGUUAGCUCUGUGUGCUGGGGCAGCAAUAAUCACUUUCUGGUCACUGCAUCUUCUUCUGGUGAUAAAAUAGUGAUUUCAAACUGUAAAGGUAAACCAGUUCCACUCUUUGAUCUAGCUGAAGGGGCAAAACAAACAUGCUUAAGUUUGGGUUCCAAUUCUAUGUAUAUGGCAAGUGGAGGAAUUGAUGGUAGUGUUAAUAUCUGGGAUUUAAAGUUCAAAAAACUCCACCGAUCUCUUAAGGAUCACAGAGAUGAAAUAACUGGUGUAACAUUUAAUUGGAAUGAUUGCUACAUCGCUUCAGGGUCUAUGAGUGGUGAAAUUAUCUUGCAUAGUCUUACUACAAAUUUAUCCAGCACACCAUUUGGCCAUGGUAGCACUCAGCCCAUUCGGCAUUUGAAAUAUUCACCCUUCAAGAGGGCAUUACUGGGCAGCGUAUCGGACAGCGGAACUGUAACACUGUGGGAUGUAAACAGUCAAAACCCAUAUCAUAACUUUGAAAAUGCUCAUAAAGCUCCAGCUUUUGAAGUCUGUUUUUCUCCAGUCAGUGAACUGCUACUUGUAACUGUAGGCCUGGAUAAAAGAAUAAUUCUUUAUGACAUCUCAAGUAAAAAGCAGUUGAGAACAUUAGUAGCAGAAUCUCCUCUGACUGCAGUAGAAUUCAUGCCAGAAGGAACGACACUGGCGAUUGGAUCAUCUCGUGGAAAGAUUUACCAUUAUGACCUAAGAAAAUUGACGGCACCUGUGAAAUCAGUCAGUGCUCAUAAAACCUCUGUGAAAUGUAUAGCGCUGCAGUGCUAUAAUAGCUUUUCAAAGUCUAGUCUUAAAACAUCUUCCAGCAAGCAGGCUUGCAAAAGAUCAGAUAUCAAAACAAGCAGCAACACUGGAGGCGUUCAGAAUGCUGGUAUGAUCAAAAACCUUCCUUCUAGCAUACCUGCUACGUCCCUGCCACAGUCCAUGGCAACAGCGGAAAUUAAAGGAGCUGAUGCUGUUCAGGAUAAAUCUGAAUUUCCUCGCAGCAGCAGUUUGGAUGUGAUUCCUUCCAGAGAAAUUGAUCAUGGGAAUACUAAUCUUGAUGAUUUGGGGAGAAAUAGUUUAGGCGACUUGUUCUCUCCACUUCGAGAUGAUGGUGCAGCUUGUAAAACUAGUGAAGAUGUUCCAGGAAAAGGUGAUGGCUUGGAUUUUCAGCCUUGCCUUUCAGGUUUGGAUUUUCUCUCUCAUUUCAACACCUAUCCUGCAAGAAAAAGUCAAACAGGAUCUGGCUCACAAAUAGUGCAUUCUAGUCCACUUAAUGUAUUUGUUGGCUCUCCUAUUAAAGAAGAAGAAGAGAAUCCACAUGUUGAUGCUAAAAAAACAAAUCACGGAAGACAUGAGUCACGCGAACACUUGAAACAGUUGAGCUCCUCAGGUUCUGAUUCUGCAAAUACUUCACCCUUGGUCAACACAAUCAAGAGUCCUGAUUCCAGAGAAAAACUUCUUAAGAACAUUCAGGGUCAAUUGGCAUAUGAAUCACCGGUGAACGGUACUACCUCAGCAAGUCCAAAGAUAACUUCUGCUGUUACUGCUGGAGUUGCCAAUUCACUAUCUGAAAAAAUAGUAGAUACUAUUGGGAGCAGCAGACUGAAUGCACCUUUAUCAUCUAUUCAGAUUCAUUUUAUUCAGAAUAUGAUACAAGAAACUCUGGAUGAUUUCAGGGAAGCUUGCCAUCGUGACAUUGUGAAUUUGCAAGUGGAAAUGAUCAAACAGUUUCAUAUGCAACUGAGUGAAAUGCAUGCUUUACUUGAAAGAUUCUCUGUAAAUGAAAGCUUAGUCGCUGAAAUCGAGAGAUUGCGUGAAGAAAACAAAAGACUGCAAACCCACUUCUAACAAGUGCCUAUCCAUGCUAGAAAACCUAAUGGAACUUGAUCAUUGCGCUGAGGCAUCAUGUCAUCUGAACAAUACUGAAAUGGCAUGUAAACUCAUUAUUUUCCCCAGCACUAAAGAACUCUCUUAAAUUGUAGAAAAGGCAAUAGGUAACAGACUAAUACAGAAACAUAUGCACUAAUAUUGUUUGUAUCAAAGUAUUUUUAUGAUAAACUUGAAAUACAUUGACAAGAGAAGCUAGCAAGUAUUGUUAGCCAGUGUUAGCUGUAUACAAAGUGCCUUUUUAUAAAGGGAAACUAAAUAGGAAAUGUAUUUUCUAUAAGAAAGUAUAUACCUUUGUCCUGAAAUUUAUUAUACCUUUCGAUAUUUCAGCUAUUUUUGUGAUGAAGUCUUUCUAUUACAGUGUCAUUUUCCUUUGGAUGGAAAUCACUCAAAUGUCUGCCUUUUUUAAAAAAAAGAAAGGUAUAUCUUCUUUGUCCUGUAAAUGUUACUUUUAAAGUAUAGAAUACAAUCUUAGUCUUUUGGUACAAUUCAAUUAUCUAUUAAACUGUAUAUUUGCAUAAUUUAAUGGCACUUUUGAUUUACUCCAAUUAAAUAGAAUGUGUACACUUUUGAAUAAGCAUAUUUGGCCAAUAAUAUUACUAUAUUGCUGGACUUCUGUCUGAUUCUCUUGGUCUUCCUCAUGUGCAAACUCUGAUUUCAUGGAGCUUUCAGUAUGCCGAGAGUCCUCACAUUUGUAAGUUUGACUGCAUGUUACUGACUCUGCCAUAGUAUUUUCUUUUUGCCACAUUGACUGCAACAAUGUAUUUACUGUUCUCCAUCAUUUUAUGACUGGUUUACCUCUUAUCGAAGAAAACACCAAACCCAUAUACUUGGUCGCUUGUUUGACUCUGUCUUGUAAGUAAUUCCUAAUUACUGGUAUAAACACUGUUGGCCUACUUUAUCAGGCUUUACUUGACCAUUUUUUACAUUGCAAAGUGACAUUCAUAGUUGCCUUGUGGCAGAGAGAUCCACAUGCCGCCUGUUCACUUUUCAACAGUUUUGAUAUUAUCUGAAACAUUUUUGGCCUGUGUGGAUUCCAUUUUAAACUAUUUUAUAAGACUAAGUCUAACAUCAAUCUCUCUCUCACUGAUUGCAAAAACUAAUCUUGCAUUUUGAGAAGUAUAUUAAAUUUAAUCUAAAGUAUAGCCUUAAAUAUAGCUGUAUGUUUUUUUAUCUCCAUAAGACUGUAGAUAGGGGUCUCUUGAGUGAUCUUGCAAUCGUUUAGAUUCCUAAUACUUGGCUUUUUCAAUGAGUGUUCUUUGCCAUAAUGAGAACAUUUAAAGUUUGAAGAUCUGCUGCCAACUUUUACUUUCUUCUAACAAAUUGAGCAAGUAUCACAAAAUACUGUUAUCUGUGUACAAAUAAUACAUUGUGGAGGACAACAUGGUGGACAAACAUACAGACUUCUCUUCAUCAUGGAGCUGAGAUCAGAGUAAGAAGAAUUGUAUUGCUACUCUCAAUGGAGUAUGUGUUCCUUGUACAAAUAAAGAAAUUGAUGCAACUUUAAA